CCUCUGACAAAGGCGCAGAAAAAAGCGUGACAGAAACAGACAAAAUGCUUGAGUGAUCGUCCCUUCCAUCUUCAUUCCGAGCUAGUGGUCAUGGCCUCAUCUGAUGAAGAAGGUGAGAUUGUACCAGAUUCCGUAACGGAAUACUACUUUGUUGACCACAUUGGGGAACUGGUUUCCUUUUCCACGCUGCCGCUUCAGUGGAAUGAUGGAGAGAUAACAGAGGAGCUCUGUACACAGAUUUAUGUAUGUGGGACUUCUGAUGAUGGUCUUCAGCAAAUAUAUAAGAAAGUCAUUGCAUGGAAAUUUGAUAUUUCUUAUGUCAUGCCUGAAGUAUAUGUGCUUUCUAAGGAGAAACUGUGGGUAAAACUUUAUCGACCAAGAAAGAGUUAUGAAGAGACGAUUAAAACAAUACUGAUUACAAUUCACUUUCUCCACUUUGUUAAAAAAAAUCCAAGUGGAUCUCAAGAUGCCCUGUGGAAUCAGAUACUGAAAACCUUCAGUACAUUUGAGAUUCUGCCAUCUGAGAAUGAUCUAUUGGGUCACAUGCCAUUGAUCAAUGAAGCUGCAUUGAGGGAUAAAGAUCUUGCAAAAUCUGAGUAUAUGGCAACUUUUAUUUCCAAGAUGCAUGAUAAGAGAGAAACUGCCAAGGAGGACACUCAAGCUUUAAAGAAUCUCAAGUUUGUUAUUGAUGAUUGUGAUGAUGAUAUUGAUGUUGAGGAUGAUGAUGGUGAUGAAGACAGGAAGCAACUUUUUGAUUCUGUCUGUGCAUACUGUGAUGAUGGUGGUGAAAUUUUGUGUUGUGAAGGAAGAUGCAUAAGAUCCUUUCAUCCUACCAAAGAAUCUGGAGGUCAUUCAUUUUGUGAAUCUCUUGGCUAUAGUCACGAACAAGCAGAAGCAAUUCAGAUUUUCCUUUGCAAGAAUUGCCAGUAUCAGCAGCAUCAAUGCUUUGCUUGUGGCUCAUUGGGUUCUUCCAAUAAAUCUUCUGGGGCAGAGGUCUUCCCUUGUGUUUCUGCAACUUGUGGGCACUUUUAUCAUCCGAAGUGUGUUUCAAAGCUCCUUCAUCCAUCUGAUGUUACAAAAGCAGAAGAACUUUGCAGUAAAAUUGCUGAAGGAGAUUCAUUUACCUGCCCUGUACAUAAAUGUUUUGAAUGUAAGCAAGUUGAAGAUAAAAAGGUCUAUGAAUUGCAGUUUGCAGUUUGCAGACGUUGCCCAAAGGCAUACCACCGUAAAUGCUUGCCCAGGACUAUAAUGUUUGAAAGUGACAAAGAAAGAAAGAUUUAUCAACGGGCUUGGGAAAAUCUUUUGCACAAUCGUGUCUUGAUUUAUUGCAUGGACCAUAAUAUAAUUCCUAAAAUUGGAACUCCAAAAAGAAACCAUCUAGUCUUUCCUGAUGUUGAUACAAAGAAGCCGCAGCAUACUUCAGGGUCGCUACCUGCUCAAGUGCAGGUUGUGUCUGGAAGGAGAAGUAAGGUUCUUGGAUCUCUUGAAGAAAAACCUGUAGCAAAAAUGAAUUAUCAGUUAAAGGGAAUUCAUAGCAACUUUAAAGUUGGUAAAUUUGUUGAAAAUGUUGAGAAAGGAGUUCGCAAACAAGUCCUGGUAGGAAAAAUUGGAUCCUCUCCAAACUGUUCCAAGGAUAAUUGGAUGCCCGUCAGGGACAAAUACAGGCAAUCCAUAGCGGAUAAAGGCAAGUCACAUGUAAAAGAUGAUCAAUUGAAGUUUAAGAAUGUAUCGAGUGGCAAUAUUGACAGCAGGCAAACAGCGACAACUGCUACAAACAAGGCACAAAGGAUUGAGCCGUCAGGAAAUGCAGAAGCAGAAAAGAGAGUACUUGCAUUAAUCAAAAGGUCCACUGCAUCAUUUAAUCAAGAAGAAUUUUUAAAGCAGAAAAAAAACAAAAGCAUGGAUGUAUACUCAAAAUCCAUGGAUGACAAGAGCAUGACCAUGGGAAAGGUAGAGCGCGCUGUAAAGGCUGUUCGCACUGCAUUGAAGAAACUAGAAGAUGGGGGCACCAUAGAUGAAGCAAAAGCAGUCUGUGAACCGGAAAUUCUUCAUCAGUUAGUCAAAUGGAGGCGGAAGCUGAAGGUUUCUCUAGCUCCUUUUCUCCAUUCUAAGCGCUACACUUCAUUUGGUCGUCACUUCACCAAAGUGGAUAAGCUGAAGGAGGUAGUUGACAGGCUCCGGUGGUACGUUGAAGAUGGUGAUACAAUAGUCGACUUCUGUUGUGGCUCAAAUGAUUUCAGUUGUUUAAUGAAAGAAGCUCUGGACAAAUUGGGCAGGAAGUGCUCCUUCAAAAACUAUGAUAUUAUACAACCCAAGAAUGCUUUCAGUUUUGAGAAAAGGAAUUGGAUGAGUAUUUGUCAAGAUGAAUUACCUGCUGGAUCAAAUCUUAUCAUGGGGCUGAAUCCUCCUUUUGGCGUCCAUGCAUCUCUGGCUAAUACGUUCAUUUCAAAAGCUCUGACAUUCAGUCCAAAGCUCAUGAUUCUCAUUGUUCCUAAAGAAACUAAAAGACUUGACAGGGGAAAGUUGCCAUAUGAUUUGAUUUGGGAAGAUGACGAAUUACUUUCUGGGAAGUCCUUUUAUCUGCCUGGGUCAGUGGAUGUGCUUGCUCAGCAAAUCGAGCAGUGGAACGCGGAGACACCACCAUUAUAUUUAUGGAGUCGCCCUGAUUGGACUGUCAAGCACAAAGCAAUAGCUCGAGAGCAUGGCCAUAUUAGCAUGGAACUAGAUGUUGACCGUAUCAGGGAAAUCAAUGUCGAACCUUCUGUUUCCAAUUAUCUAAUGGAAGAUAAGCAUGACUGUUACCAUGAUUUUUCUAGUGUCAUGAAAGGCUACAGUGACAUUACCAGUAUGCUGGAUGAUUUGCCUGAUGAAUUUGAUGGGACUCAACCUAAUCAGCUCAGGGACACUCGUGCUGAGAUGCAGUUUGAUCGCCAGCUGAAGAACAGACGUCCUGAUGCUGAAGAUCAUAGUGUCGACAUGGAUUGGGAAAUUGUGUAGGCUCUGUUAAAACUCCUCGCCAUGAUUAGACAAAUGGGUGUUCCAAGUGCAGUUUUCUGCUGUGUCCGCGAAAGUUCAAAAGCAAAGUUAACAAUUACUCAAUUCUACUGUUUCCAACUUGAAUGAGCUUCAAAGCCUGUUAAAGUGUUGACAACUUCUAUUUGCCUUGGAAUGUUUCGGUCGGUAACUUUCUACCAAAAUUGUAUGACUGAAAAAUGUAUAAUCCAUUACCUUGGGUAAACUGUUCAUCUUCGAUGAA